UCUUUUAUUAUUUUAGUUACUUCCUCAUAGCUUGCAAGGGAUCUUCCCUUAACCCGACGUUUCCUAUGGUGUCCUCAGUCCGAAAAGAAGAGUGAAUGUGUAACCAGUAAGAACAUUCCUUGGGCACCAAGCGCUUCCAGCGAUGUCUUUACAGGGAAAGGAGUCAGAAUCAUCGAGCUCUUCCCAGGAAUCCAGUGGAGGAGAAUUUCAAGAAAAUAGUGAAGCACACUCAUCAUCAGGAAGAUUAAAAGUUACUUUCCUGGCAUCAGAAUGGAGAUCAAGUAAAGGAGGACUUUCCACUUUAAACAGAGAGUUAGCAAUAAACGUUGCAAAAAGUCCUAAUGUAGAGGUCACCUUCUUUGUUCCACGAUGCAAUGACGACGACAAGAAAGCAGCUCUUGGCCACAAGAUUAAUCUUGUUCAAGCAAAAAGGCUGGUUGGUAUGGAUGAGUUGACAUGGCUUAACUUUCCACCAAAUGAUUUACAAAUUGACAUAGUUGUUGGUCACGGUGUCAAGCUCGGUCCUCAAGCACAAGUUAUACGAAAGUCACACCAAUGUAAAUGGGUUCAGGUUGUCCAUACUGCCCCUGAGGAACUUGGGAUGUAUAAGACAUAUUCGAACCCAGUAUCUGUGAACGAAAAAAAGCAUGAAACGGAAGUCGCACUUUGUAAAAUGGCUGACUUAGCUGUUACUGUUGGACCCAAAUUGAGUGAGGCUUUUCGUGCUUAUCUUCGCGGCUGCAAGAAAGAUCAAAUGGUAGUUGAAUUUACUCCUGGAAUUUUGGCUGAAUUUUCUGAAGUCCACCAGGUUGUUGAUGAAAGGGAAAAAUUCCGAGUUCUGGUUUUUGGGCGUGGCGAUGACGAAGAUUUCGAAUUGAAAGGAUUUGACAUUGCAGCCAAAGCUAUUGCUACCUUAGAUGACACACAUCUUAUUUUUGUUGGUGCACCAGAUGGAAAGCAAGACGACGUUAAAAUUCGUCUGCUCAAGUGUGGCAUCCUUGCUCAGCAUCUAACUGUUAGAACCUAUUUACAAAGCCGGGAGGGUUUGAAAAACUUACUUUGCGAAGUGGAUCUUGCAAUCAUGCCUUCGAGAACGGAGGGAUUUGGCUUGACAGGUCUUGAAGCCUUAUCAGCUGGUCUGCCCAUUCUUGUAAGUGGAAACUCCGGGUUUGGAGUUGCACUGAGUAAAGUACCUUUCGGUUCAUUUUUUGUGAUCGAUUCAGAGGAUUCCGAGACAUGGGCCAAAGCUAUCAAGGACGUCGGGAAGAAAGACAGGUUUAACCGUCUUCAGGAGUCCAAAGGAUUGCGUGCCUCAUACGACAAUAAGUACAAUUGGGAAGCCCAAACUAAAUCUCUCAUUAGUAACAUGGCCCGCAUAAUUGAAGAUUCUCCAGCAGCUAAUCCGAGCUCUUCAAGAAGAACAGCACUGGCUCAACAAACGGAAGUCAUGAGUGAGCGUCCUCCAGGUACCCUACCCAUUGUACUCAAAAUGAACAGUGUUGAAUUUCGAAAUGCACAAAGCAGAGAUCCUGUGCAACAAGAGGAAGCCAAGCGGCUUGUAAUGAAGGAGAUGACAAAAUGCUUUCUUGAGACACAUGCAUCUCAAGUCCCGGUUGAGAACUACCUUCUUUGUCUUGAUUACUAUUUAAAAGGAGCUCUCGACUUAAAAGUAAGAGAAGCAAUCGAGGGAAGUUUGCUGAUAACAGUGGAAUGCAGGACUCUGGAUAUUCUCGAACGUCUGUGGGAAGACUACUGUUCUGGUAAUUUGAAUGCAGAAGCCGAGGAACGCCUUUUGACAGACGAUAUCAAGAGACGGUUUGAUGUGGAAUUCGUUAAGCUGGAAACAACUAUUUUGGAAAACGAUUACCUGGCUUGCAAGCUGUUCCUAAUGGACAAAUCAAAAGCGAACCAGGACUCGUCAUUGAAGGAAGAUGAAUCACUGCCCCAAGACCAUGCUGACCAAGCUGCUAAUGAAAUUCAGUCUCAAACAGCUGAAGAAGCUGAACCAAUGACGGUCCACUUUGCAGUAAAUUGUAAGUUACAAUCUUUUUUAAGUAGUCACGAAUAUCAACAAAACAUAAGCCACUGAUCAAAUACUUUUUAUGUGCCCUUAGGUCCAGGACAAAUUUGAGGCAUGCAAUCGAGAAGAAAGCCACAGAUAUUUUUAAGUUUUAAGAGUGAAUGUUAGUAAAAAUCAAUGGAAAUUCUAAAAAUGUGGCCACGGUCGAAAAAUCGAUUUCGCUCAUACUUUGCCAGUUUGAAGGCCUAGGUAAGUAACUAAAGGAAAUCAAGUUAGUUUUUUGAAAUAUCCAAUAUAACGGCAGAAAUUCACGAAAAACGGUCAUUUUACCGAAAGCUCAGAUUUCACCUCGCGAUAAUCCGAAAUUGUACACUUUUCAGCUUCUUGUUACACAGACGUUUACAUCGCUGUGAAACAUUCUCAACUUUAAAUGAAUACAUUGAUUCUUCCCUAAUCAAAAUAUAAUGAUUAUUUUCAUUUCUUGUGUUUCCUGAGCGAACUGAGCCCCGAUAAAGUAGACAUACUUUUCAAAUAGAAACAAAACUCAAAAGUUAUGUAAAUUCAGUGAGGAAAAAAGCUGACCGGUGGUGCUUCAAAUCGUCUGAUCUUCUAGCAAAAGACAGUUCAGUCACUGAAUUUUAGGUUUACAGUUUUAUUUUUGUGAGAUCUACUAGCAAUUUUGCAUGAAUGCCGAUCAAAAUUCGAGAAAAUUGUAGUUCAGCCCCUUUGAAAUUUGCAAUGUAACACAACACGCUAAAAUAGGUAGAAACAUUUUUGUUCGCUUGAGACAGGGAAAUCAAAGCAUAUUAAUGUCUUAAACAUUUGAAACGCUUUAAAAGUAGUAUUUAACUUAAUAGCCGACAAGAAUUUUAAAAAAAAAACGAAAAAGAAACACCUAACUUUUAAAUCGCACUCUCCUGAUUUCUUUCGCUGGCCAGUGUCACGCUCGGGCAACUAAAAAUUUGAAACCAUUGGUUCACCGUUCAAAAUGAGUCAAAUUUUAAUAAGAUCUUUGCUGUUGAUGUGCAAAACCUUGCAUUAAUAAAAGAGAAUUGCCUAGUUAAAGUGCCACUAACCCCAAAAUUGUUUUCCCUAAUAUAA